GGCAUUUUUUAUCCACGUAAAGGAAAAUGAAAAAUCUCAACUAUCCUUCUCACAGAACUCAAAAAUAUCUAUUACUCCUCUCCUUUCUCUUAUCUGUCUGCUUCGAUCCUCUUUAAUGGCGUCCACUAGCGCUUUAACUGCUCAGAUUUCGAACUUGCACAGUAUCAAUAACCGGAAAAGCCCUACCAGCUUAUCCUCAAUCUCCUUCUGUAAUAGACUAAACCCAAACACUGGUCCAAUUGGUAUACCAGCAUUAUCCUGGCCUGGAAGUAAAAGAUCUCGUAACCCAAAAUCUUUUCGGGUUUACAGUUUAUUUGGAGGAAAGAAGGAUAAUGAUGAUGGCCAAUCAAAGGCAGGAAUUUUAGGAAAUAUGCAAAAUCUAUAUGAAACUGUGAAGAAGGCACAGAUGGUUGUCCAAGUUGAAGCAGUUCGUGUACAGAAAGAACUUGCUGCAGCAGAGUUUGAUGGUUACUGUGAAGGUGAACUAAUAAAGGUUACACUUUCUGGAAACCAGCAACCUAUACGCACUGAGAUAACUGAGGCUGCAAUGGAGCUAGGACCAGAAAAGCUCUCACUCUUAGUUACGGAGGCAUACAAGGAUGCACACCAGAAGAGUGUUCAGGCUAUGAAGGAGAGGAUGAGUAACCUUGCAGAGAGUUUAGGAAUGCCUCAGGGCCUCAGUGAGGGAUUGAAGUGAUGAUAGUAUUCCUUGAUGCUGGUGAGAGGCAAGCUUCAAUUUUGUAUGCUAGUUGUGCUGAGGUGGUCAUUUACACUGUACCCAUGCCAUUAGAAUCUGACAAAUUUACUCAUGCUUUAUGGAAUGGUAGAAUGAGAGCCUGUGAUCUUUGUCCUUGUUACUUUAAUAACCAAUGUUAUGUAUUCCUAUCUAUUCCUGAGUAAACCGGUUGCUAAUAUCUGGCUUACAUGAUA